AUGAAAAAGGAUUUAAACUUCUUAAAAGAUAAGAAAAGUAAGGAUUACUUAUAAAAUAUUUAGAGAAAGUCAAAUUGAAGCCAUCAAUUCCCGAGGAGAUUAAAAAAAUCAUUUUUAUAAAAUUCUUAUUAUUUUUUUUGGAAAUACAGCAAAUUAUAAAGUAUACUAAUUAAAUUAUUAUCAACCAAAAAUUAUAAGGAUUGUAUGAAGAGGACUGA